AAAAGGAGCUGAAAGAGUCGAGGUGUAUUUUUGUGAGAAUUGUGUUUUUAUAAAAUUUUAAGAUUCAUAAGGUACAGAUUCAUUCUAAAACCUAACAACCUAAGAUAAAUUAUUUUAGUUGUAGAAUACGGCCAGAGCCAAUUUUCAGCAAUUGGAGUUAUUAUCGCUACGGAAUAAUAUUCUAUGGGUUUUUCUUUUAUUUUCAUAUAAUAUAGAAGAGAAAUAUACACGCAUUACGUCAAUAAAAAAAAAACCAUUGACGAUAACGUCAAUUUGACAUUCUACUUGUUGCUGUUGACGCUAUAACGUGUUUCGUAUUUUCACGCAAUAUGCAAUAUUUUUAAGCCCCGAGAAACAUUUAACUAAUAAUUCUAGUGUAAAACAGUAACUUUGACAUAAUGCUAUCCAUACAAAAUUACGGUAGCAGCUCAGAAGACGACGACGACAAUGAAUCUGAAGGCACCAAAGUGGAGACCAACGAAAAGCUAUUAACGCAUUUAAAACCAAUAGAUCCCAGUUUAUCAGUUGCUAAGAGUAUGCAAAUAGUUGCUGCACCUGUAGUAAUGCCUACUAAUAAUGACGAUACUCGUGUUUUGAUACCUACUGGCGGAGAGUUGAUGCAUAAUCCAAAAUAUGAAGAAUUGUUUGCUCCCACAUAUGGACCCGAGAACCCAUUCCAGACACAGCAAAUGAAGGCGCACAGGAACACUCUUGCAGGUUAUGUAGAGAAGGCUCACAUAAGUGAGUUCCAGUUUGAGAACCAGCGGAGAACCUUUGCCAGUUACGGUUAUGCCAUGGAUCCCUCAACUGAUGGUGAUGCAGAGAUGGCCUGUGCUGUUGUUGUGUCUGCAAUGGUGGCGCCCCCUGUGGAGGCGGAAGGCAAAACAGUUUUCGAGACAAUAAAGAAGAGACCUCUAGAUAAAAAGAAAAGGAACAAAAAUGACAAUCCUGAGGACAUUACUGGAUUUUUGGGGCCUUGGGGAGGAUAUGUAGGAGAGCAAAGAGUAAUGAAGCCAGAAGGCGAUGAGGCAAAGGAGCUGGAAGAAAUAUUAGCGAAGAGACAGAAGCGAGGCAAAGUGGAAGAAGACAAGCCUCUGGAGGAGAAGAGUGUAUUCCAUAUCGACAAGGCGACGGACUACGCGGGCCGCUCGUGGCUGGCGGCGCCGCGCUCGGAGACGCAGCUGCGCAGCGACGCGCCGCCUGACAAGUGCUUCCUACCGAAGGCGCACAUCCACACGUGGAAGGGACACACGAAGGGCGUGGCGGCGGCGCGCUGGUUCCCCGGCACCGCGCACCUCAUGCUGUCCGCCGGCAUGGACUGCCGAGUCAAGAUCUGGGAGGUGUACGGCGAGCGGCGCUGCAUACGGACGUACUUCGGACACAGGCAGGCCGUCCGCGACAUCAACUUCAACAAUUCCGGGGAACAAUUCCUUUCUGCUGCAUACGAUCGCUACAUUAAGCUAUGGGACACGGAAACCGGCGCGUGCACGGGCCGCUUCACGUCCCGCAAAGUGCCGUACUGCGCCAAGUUCCAUCCCGAUGAAGACAAGCAGCACUUAUUCGUAGCCGGCACUUCGGACAAGAAGAUCAUAUGCUGGGACACACGAACGGGCGAAAUUGCCCAAGAAUACGAUCGGCAUCUCGGGGCCGUCAACACCAUCACGUUCGUGGACGACAACCGCCGCUUCGUCACCACCUCCGACGACAAGAGCCUGAGGGUGUGGGAGUGGGACAUCCCGGUGGACAUGAAGUACAUCGCGGACCCGGCCAUGCACUCGCUGCCCGCCGUGACGCGCGCGCCCAACGGCAAGUGGCUCGCCUGCCAGAGCAUGGACAACAAGGUCGUCGUCUUCAGCGCGCUCAACCGCUUCAAGAUGAACCGCAAGAAGACCUUCCAGGGACAUAUGGUGGCCGGCUACGCUUGCUCGGUGGAUUUCUCUCCGGAUAUGAGCUACCUAGUAUCCGGCGACGCCGACGGAAAGUGCUACAUCUGGGACUGGAAGAGCACGAAACUCUACAAGAAGUGGAAGGCUCACGAUGGAGUCUGCAUCACCGCGCUGUGGCACCCACACGAACCAAGUCGGUUGCUCACAGCGGGCUGGGAUGGUGUCAUCAAGUACUGGGAUUAAGAACUUUAAAGUUGCAGUUACAACUGUUGAGAAAUAUAGUUUUUGAGAGAUUCUUAAGAAUAAUCGUGAAUUAAGUUCAGUGCUGCGUAAUUCAAAUUCACCCUUUUUGAGCAUUGAAAAAUGUCUAAUACCACAAAGAGGUAGGGCACAGCGAAAUGACAUCUUGCUAUUCUAUCAGUCAAACUGGGAAAGAAUCCUCCGCUUUACAGAAAACCAGCCAUAAUUUUUUUUUGCGGAAAGAGCACGAAGAAGGGAAUGGCUCACAAUGGCGUGGCGUGUGUGUGUGUGUAACUGCUUUAUGGCAUCCACGCGAGCCAAUCCGGCGACUUAUGGCGGGAUGGGACGGUGUCAGUACUUAUCUACUGGGAUGAACUUUAAAGUGCUAAAGGAGUGACAAGUGUUAAAAAAAUAGUUUUUGGGAGAUGCUUAAGAAUAAUCGUUAAUUAAGUUCAGUGCUGCGUAAUUCGAUUCGUUCAAAAUCACCCUUUUUUGAGUGUUUAAUACCAUAAAGACCUAGGGCACAGCGAAAUGGCAUCUUGCGAGAGUAGAGCAGUCGAACUGGGGAAGAACAUUCCACAUCAUAAUACAGCUACUAGAAAUACAACGUUCUGUAAGAAGUGUGAUAAGGAUCGUGGAUUUUAAAGUCGCUUUUACAAGUGUUGAAAAAAAUCGUAUUUGAGACGUAUACCUAGAGAAGAUUCUUAAGAAUAAGGUGAAUUUCAGUUCUACAUCUCUUAUUCAGAAUCGCAUUUUUAUAAUUAUUUUGUAUUUCACUCUAAGGAACUGACUUACGUGACCGUUGGAUCUUUAAUUUUUUCAUGACGAGCAAUUUUGUGUAUAUAGUACAAUCGACUACAGAAUGAUGUUACUCAAUAUUUUAGACCUAUUUCUAAAUAUAAUUUAAUUUACAAGA